CAUAACCAAAUGCACUGUUGUGGUGUACCAUUUCAUCAGAGCAAGAGAAAUGAAUGUGUUGAAAAGAGCUACACAGUUGGGUUACAAACAGUGGAAAGAUACAGAUAUCAGUUUUGUGACAUUCCAGACAGAUGAUCAAAGCAUCCUUACUGUUAAGGAAGAGCAGUCUGGGGAGAAUGAGCCCAACGAUCAAGGAGUUCGCAAUAUUCUGGAGCAAGUGGAUUUGGGGGACAGAAAGACAAGAAGCUCUGAUAUCUCAGAAACCUUUACUGUGGAGGAAGCAGUUGAGGUUAUUGGUUUUGGAAAGUUUCAAUGGAAGCUGUCUGUGCUCACUGGAGUUGCAUGGAUGGCCGAUGCUAUGGAAAUGAUGCUCCUUAGUAUUGCAGCUCCCCAACUGCGUUGUGAAUGGAGGCUCCCUAGCUGGAAAGUGGCAUUCAUUACAGCAGUAGUGUUCAUUGGAAUGAUGCUCAGCUCAUCCCUUUGGGGGAACAUCUCAGACAAGUAUGGCCGGAAAGUGUGUUUAAUACUGUGCAUGGUAUGGACACUGUAUUAUGGGCUGCUCAGUGCUUUUGCGCCUGUUUAUGGCUGGAUCUUAGUCUUGCGAGGCCUCGUGGGAUUUGGCCUGGGAGGAGCUCCUCAGUCAGUGACAUUAUAUACUGAAUUCCUUCCAGUGAAAUCCAGAGGGACCUCUGUAAUCCUGUUAGGGGUGUUUUGGGCCCUGGGUGCUGUGUUUGAAGUAUUACUGGCUAUGCUGAUCAUGCCCACAUUAGGCUGGAAAUGGCUGCUAGCUCUGUCCACCAUACCUCUCGUUGUCUUUGCUGCCUCCUGCUGUUGGUUGCCAGAGAGUCCUAGAUUUGAUGUACUGAGAGGCAGAGAGGACAAGGCCCUGAAAACUCUGAAGAAUAUAGCUGCAGCCAAUGGGAAUUGUGUGCCUAAAGGUAGACUUGUCACCAUAAGACAGGAUGAUCGUGGCAGAAUUAAAGAUCUCUUUAUUCCCGAAUACUGCAAGACGACACUUCUGAUCUGGUUUAUCUGGUUCUGCAAUGCUUUUUCAUAUUAUGGUCUUGUGCUGCUAACCACGGAGCUAUUCCAGGCAGGAUCUGUGUGUAGUGUGACUGACAACUCAAAUAUGGAGCCUCGGUGCAGUUUAGCAUGCAAAUAUCUGACUAUUCAUGAUUACAAGGACCUUUUAUGGACAACCUUAGCAGAAUUUCCAGGUCUUCUGGUUUCACUGUGGAUGAUUGAUCGGAUUGGCCGGAGAAAAAGCAUGGCACUUUGUUUUUUAGUAUUCUCUCUGUGUAUUUUGCCACUGUAUGCCUGCACACAAAGGACUGUUCUCACAGUAUUUAUUUUCAUUGCCCGAGCCUGUAUUUCAGGGGGUUGGCAGGUUGCAUAUGUUUAUACACCUGAGGUUUUUCCUACAGCAACCAGGGCUAUUGGAAUUGGUACAAGCAGUGGGAUGGCUCGUGUUGGAGCUCUCCUCACACCAUUUGUUGCUCAGGUGCUUCUGAAAUCAUCAGUUUACCUGACUCUGUCUGUGUAUUUCUUAUGCUGCUUGCUGGGUGCAGCAGCAUCCUGGGUUUUGCCCAUGGAGACGAUGGGGCAGAGCCUUCACGAAUCAACUCAUACCACCAUGGAACAAGAAAACAGAAAACCACAGUAGCUCUGAGGCAGCCGAGUCCACCAGCAACAUGUGUCAUUUAAAGGGACAGUUCACCCAAAAAUGAAAAUUCUCUCAUCAUUUACUCACCCUCAUGCCAUCUAAGAUGUGUAUAGCUUUCUUUCAUCUGCUGAACA